AUCUGAUGCUUGAUAAUCUAAUUAAAAACGUCAUAAUCUAACCAAUCACUAUGGAUAAUUUUUGAUUUAUCAUGCAAGACUCUCCGGAAUUUAAAUAUAAAUUGUCAAGUAAAAAUAUUGAUUAUCUUCUUCUUAUGAAUAUAUCACAAAAUAAUAAUUAUGGCCGCUUUAUCUUCAAAUCUCGAUAAUACGGAUAAAUUAGUUAAAGAGAACAAAGCAUUGAAACAUAAAGUUGAUACAUUAGAAAAAGAAAUUAUGUUAUUAAAAAAAUCUAUAUAUGACCUGUCUGUAAAAUUUUCUUCAUCAUCAAAUCAGAGAGUGAUUAGUCCUUUUGUUAUCGAUAGUGGGGAUGUUUCACAAGAUAACUGUGGCGAAAUUAAUUUGGAGAAUUCGACUUCUGGUAAUAAUGCGCAUGAAAUACAUCGUGAAGGAAGGACUUUUCAUCCAAAAUUUGAAUUUAAGGGACAUGGAGGGGCAGUUUAUGCAAUACAAUUUUCACCAUGUGGAAAAAUGAUCGCGUCUGGAUCAUUUGAUAAAACUGUUCGAUUAUGGGAUACAAUAUUAUUACAAAAGGAGCAAGCAUGUUUAAAAGGACAUAACUUAAAUGUAUCAGAUGUUUGUUGGUCUAAUGAUUCAACAUCAAUAUUAUCAGGAUCUUAUGAUCAAACAUGUAAAUUAUGGGAAAUAGAAACAAGUAGAUAUAUCCAUUCAUUUGAAUGUGAAGGAUUUGUUCAAUGUAUCAUGUUCAAUCCUGCAGAUAAUAAUGUGUUUGCUAGUGGGACUUCAAGGAAAAUAUUAACAAUAAUGGAUAUACGUAAACCUGACAAUGCACUUAAAUUUAAGAAUGACGGAAUGAUAAACUCACUUUAUAUUUGUCGAGAUGGACAAAAUAUUAUUACUGGAGAUUCAAACGGGUAUUUAAAAACUUGGGAUAUUAGAGCUGGGAGUGCAUUACAGUCUCUUCUAAAUGAAUCGACAAAGAAACCAAUUUCAUGUGUUGCAGUUUCGAAGAGAGGUCAUGGUAAUGAUGAGGAACCUAGAUAUAUGGCAGUUAAUAGUUAUGACAAUGUUAUUAGAAUUUAUGAUCGUGGAAUUGAGCCACCAAAAACUCAACUCAAAUUAAUUCAUAUACUAAAAGGUUAUAAGAAUAAAGGAUGGCCUAUAAAAUCUUCUUAUUUCUUUGGAAAAGACUAUCAAUAUUCAACACAAAGGUUAACAUAUGAUAUCUAUGAUGAUUCGCAGAUGGAUUCUGCUGACCAUGUUGUAUAUGAGAAAGAUAAGCCACUGGAGGCUAGUUUAUUGUUGGCUACAGGAAGUGCAGAUCCAUAUGCAUAUUUGUAUAAUGUUGGUGGACCAGAGGAAACUGGAGAACUUAUUCAAAGAUUAGAAGGACAUACAGAUUUUGUAUAUGCAGUUGAUUUUCAUCCAUUUGAACCAAUAUUGGCUAGUUGUUCUGCUGAUUGUAUUAUAAAAAUAUGGGCUCCUAAUGCAAAAGGAAAAAAGAAAGGUUAAGGAUUAUUUAUUUUAUAAUAUAUUUUUCCAUAUUUAUUAAAAACACUGUCAAUUUUAGUUCAAUAUAAUAAUUAUUAUAAAAAUAAUUUUUAUUAUUUAAUAUAUUUAAAUAUGACAAAAUUGUACUUAAAUAAUAUAAAAUGUUAUUUAAUAAAAGCAAUAAUUAGUAUAAUAA